AUGCGCGCUGACCCGGAGAAGGUCGCCGCUAUCCUCGGCGAUGAGCGUCUGGAGUUGCUUUACCUCGGCAGUGAACACCUAGCCAGCGAUUCAAGCGCUGCUGUGAGGCGUGAAGUGCAGUCUGCUCAGUUCGGAUUAGGGGAGCGCGAUGUGGUGGCGGACGGGAUAUAUCGCAACCUGCAACACAUCUUGAGGUGCUUGAAGGAACAUCCGAACCAAUCCAUCGAAGAUUUAGCGGCGCAAUUGCGCAAUCCGCAGUUGGAAUAUAACGGCCUAGAGGCCAAAUAUCGCAGUUACAUCAACGGAUGUGCUGGAGUCGAUGAUGGGAUCUCUGCGGACUCCAGCAGCGGAGGGAAUGACACUGUAGACAGGUCGCUUAAGGGGUCUGUGGACGUUAUGCUGGUUCCAUUGUUGCGCUUGCUGUUACGUACAGGGAGAUUUGUCAGCACUUCGUGCUGUUCUGGUCGCGUGGCCAUAUUCGAGUGCAACGCGGAGCAUGCCACGGCGGCAACGAAGCGUGCUUCAGACUUCGGGAGGGCUGGAAGGUUCCUUUACACAUCGCACUGCCACUUAAACCAUCAAGAAGCGCUAGCUGCAGCGAGUGCGGUUAAUGCGGAUGUGAAGUGUAAGCGAGAUUGCUAUCGCAAGGAUCUCUCCACGUACAAUGAAAAUGAGGAACCCCAAUCCUCUUCGGAACCGGCUUCUUCGGAGGUCAGCAAUAGACAUCCAUGUGAAGUGCUGUUAAAGUUCGAAGCGUUUGUAUUGCACGUUGAAUGCGCUUCUAUGCAGGACGCAACCACGCUCCUUCAGUUGGUACGGGGAUGUGGUCUCAAAAAAUCGGGGAUCAUAACUUGCACGAAGCGGAUAAUAGUUUCAGUAACGGGUUCCAACAUACUGGAAACUCCAAUAGCCAUACGCCAUUACAUACGAGGAAAUUAUAAAUCUUCGACAGAACAGAGUGAUCAUGGUGGCGAUGUCAACGGUCCGGACACAACCUCACAAGCACAGUCGACUGCUGUAGAGAGGAAUGAGCGCGUUGAGACGCAAUGGCUAGUUAGUCAAGAUCAGUUCAUGUACCUUUUGGCUACAUGUAACAAGAAGCUUACGGGUAGCAUUCGCCAGAUGUUGAGGCUGUAUUGGUCUUGUGUAAACCAAUUCGGCAUAGACAUUUUGCAACCAUUCGCAAUUUUGGGUAACAGAUUUGUCAACGGUAGUAAAGACGGUGCAUCUUCAGCAGAGCGACGAGGCGAUAUUAAGAACAAAGGCCGUCGGCGCUUGACCGUUCACAACAAUAUGCAACAUACGGAUAGCGCUACAAGUGUGCUUAAUGGUGAGAUGGCUGGCUCUGAUUUCGUACCAACUGUCAUGGAGCGUCAGCCAAAUCAGAACGUUUUGGGGGUAAACGCACCGAGGGAAGGGGUAGCGAAAACUCCUCUCUACAUUUGCACGUGGUUCUCGCCAUCUCCGGAUGAAGCCGCCGGACCAUAUAAGUCCAUGCCUCGGCCCUACGUUGCUGUAAAGAUCGCCCAAUACAUAAAGCCGCUGAAGUCUCGUUUGGAGCAGCACAGACUUUACGACAAGACACGUAAAAUCCUAACCAACAUCUCUGUAACAAUUCCAGAUACUGAAACGUGCUCAAGCAACGUCAACAACGAAGCUUCAACACUACCAUCGCAAGACAACAAUGGCGUCACUUAUGCGGAUGAUACGCGGAAGAAAUUUGCUGUACCAGCAUUUAUACCUAUUGUUGAGGUAACGGAUGAGGAACUCACAUCUGUGUUGAGUCAAUCGGAUUCGCUCCUUGACUUCGUCAUUGCCGUAAAUGGUACCCUCAAGUGUCGAAUAACGACAACUAAAGCCGCAAUCGUCGACAAAAAGUGA